ACCAGGAGAGUGCGGCGCAGAGAAGGAAUUCUCCGCUCCAGUUUACUCCGGGGACCCCUACUUGAAGGAAGAAGGGACCAGAGGAGCGGAGCAAGAGGACGAACUGCACCAGUGGAGCUGGCCAAGCGAAGAUGCUACGAUUUGUCUUUUGCCUCCAGGAUCCUCUAAGGUGAAAACUGAUUCACUUCAAGUUCUUUGAACUGGUUAGAGGUAGGCCGUUGCUACAGAGCAGCCAUGGAUCUGGAGCUUGAGCUGCCCAAUGGGAGUCGAAUAUGGUCAUCUCCUUUAUUUGACCCUAAUGGGUCAAUGGCAUCUGCAAACAACUCAAACAAAACAGAGACAUACUAUGACCAGACCAGCAAUGCCAUUCUCACCUUCAUCUACUUUUUGGUCUGUAUCAUUGGGUUGUGUGGUAACACGCUGGUCAUUUAUGUCAUCCUCCGUUACGCCAAGAUGAAGACCAUCACCAACAUCUACAUCCUUAACCUGGCCAUUGCUGAUGAGCUCUUCAUGCUGGGUAUGCCCUUCCUGGCCAUGCAAGUCGCCUUGGUCCAUUGGCCCUUUGGCAAGGCCAUCUGCCGGGUGGUUAUGACUGUGGAUGGCAUCAACCAGUUCACCAGCAUCUUCUGCUUGACUGUCAUGAGCAUUGAUCGCUACCUGGCUGUGGUCCACCCCAUUAAGUCAGCCAAGUGGAGGAGACCCCAGACAGCCAAGAUGAUUAAUGUGGCUGUCUGGGGACUCUCCCUGCUGGUCAUCUUGCCAAUCAUGAUAUAUGCUGGGCUCAGGAACAACCAAGGUGGGAGAAGCAGCUGCACCAUCAACUGGCCAGGUGAAUCUGGGGCAUGGUACACAGGGUUCAUCAUCUACACCUUCAUCUUGGGGUUCCUGGUGCCCCUCACAAUCAUUUGCCUUUGCUACCUGUUUAUCAUUAUCAAGGUCAAGUCCUCUGGAAUCCGAGUAGGUUCUUCCAAGAGGAAAAGGUCAGAGAAGAAGGUCACCCGCAUGGUAUCAAUAGUGGUAGCUGUCUUUAUCUUCUGCUGGCUCCCCUUCUACAUAUUUAAUGUUUCUUCAGUCUCGGUUGCCAUCAUGCCCACUCCAGCCCUCAAAGGCAUGUUUGACUUUGUAGUGGUACUUACCUAUGCCAAUAGCUGCGCCAAUCCCAUUCUAUAUGCUUUCUUGUCUGACAACUUCAAGAAGAGCUUCCAGAAUGUCCUUUGUCUGGUCAAGGCAAGUGGCGCAGAUGAUGGGGAGAGAAGUGACAGCAAGCAAGACAAGUCCCGACUCAAUGAGACCACAGAGACGCAGAGAACUCUCCUCAAUGGAGACCUCCAGACCAGCAUCUGAACCUUCUCUAAGAACCUCCUAUGUUUCUACCCAUUGGCUAUAUUCUUUUCCUCCCAUCUACUACAGCCUUUUCCUGGAGAAAGAAGACAGUUGUUCUGAGGGAGUCCUAAUGAGAGAACAGUAUUUGAACCUACUUGUCUGAGUACAUGGUAAUGAUACACUAAAUUAGUUACCUCCGCACUUAAAAGGGAACAAUUCAAAUGCAGGAAGGCUGUUCAAAGUGUGGAUAGAGAGAAAAGGAUUUUACUUGGGUAUGAUUUCCAGGAAUGCUGAGACUCAUCAAGAAAAGAGAUCUGUAUCUGUGUGUUUGUCUUUCAAAUAUGUUAUGUGACCACACGUUAUUAUAUGAAUAUUUGCAUCCUACAAAUUUAUAUUCAUAUUUGUAGCUAUUCCCUUUAUAGUUAUCACCUCAAUUCCUUGUGUUUGUGUAUACAUGCUUCCCAUAGAUAAGGUAUGUAAUAUAGAGGAUAUCAAGUGAAGAAAUGUACACAGAUAUGUAACACAUUGCUGAGUUCAGGCAAAUAAUUUUUAAGCCCGAGGAAUGGAAAAGCAAAAACUUUUGGAAGAAUCAGAACAUAUGUUCACAUGUUCUGUCUGACAUACUCCACGGAUUAUUUAUUUAUUCAAGUGAACUGAAGCAGUAGUGGUUGUUAAUUAUUGUAUUUAUCAAGAC